AUUGUUUACAGACCACUUGAGUGACGUCAUUACUGCGCGCCCGCGUGUGGUCAGGUCAGGCGUUUGGACGCCGGGUAGCCUGUCAAAUGAAAUCGUUUAAUUUGCUGAAUACACUUUCUCGCACUAGUCACCUUUGCUCCCGGAGGACGAGGCCCGACGAGCCGUAGCAUCAACAGACAUGUCAUACUGCAGAGAGGAAGGUAAAGAUCGCAUCAUCUUUGUGACAAAGGAAGACCAUGAGACACCCAGCAACGCUGAGCUGGUAGCGGAUGACCCCAACGAUCCAUACGAGGAACAGGGCCUCAUCCUGCCAAAUGGAGACAUAAACUGGAACUGCCCGUGUCUGGGCGGGAUGGCCAGUGGACCGUGCGGCUCUCAGUUUAAGGAGGCCUUCUCGUGCUUCCACUACAGUAAGGAAGAAGUGAAGGGUUCCGAGUGCAUUGACCAUUUCCGUAACAUGCAGGAGUGCAUGCAGAGGUACCCCGAGCUCUAUCCCCAGGAGGAGGACAAAGACGAGUCCACCGCCCCGUCUGACAGUGCUGCCUUAACGUCCGAGAGCGACUCUACUGCGGUCACCUCAGCUGUUUCGUCUGACAGCACCUCACCUACAGACGGCCAGACCGCCAGCUAGAGUUGAUUAGGUCAGCGUUAGAGACUUGUCCAAAAGGAGCUCCAAUUGGUCUCUUCUCCUCCUCAAGCCUUCAGAGAGGGACUAUUGAUACAGUUCUGACACUCACAGGAAAUCGACAGGCCGUCAGGAGAAGAAUUUCAGAGAGACAUAGAGCAUGUACACAAAUACGAGCUGGUUCAUUGGCUGAACACUUAGGAAAAAAAACCUAAUUAGAUUAUCUGAUUAUUGACAGUGGGCCAAGUGAUUUGCUUCAGGGACAUCAGCUGAAAUGCUCAUUUUUAUGCAGUGCAAACAUCACUUGCUGCUUGUUCUCACGCCAGUCAGAAUUUCAGCAUUUGUAACUGUAUCCCGAGGUCAGUUGUGUAGGAGUAUAACUAAGCAUUUAUAUUAGUCCAUCUAAGAAAUCACAGGUAGAUCUUUUGAUUUGACUGACGCUCAGCUUUAUUUUACCUCAGACAGUUUUUCAGCACUUCAACUUGCUUUCCACCACUCGAGACCAAAGCAGAAAUAAUCAACAAGAAAGCUGUUGAAACAUCUGUGCUGUUUUAGAUGUUCUGUUUCUGACUUGUUGGCAUCAUGUAUAAA